UUCAUUCAUUCAUCCUGGGAGAGAAGGAAGCCAUUGGCUCUGUCACUCUUGUUGUUGGGCAUCCUCCAGCCUGAUCCUCCCUCUGGUGCUGUGUCAGGGUGGCCAACACAAGGCUCAGCAGGACCCACAGAUGGAGAGAUCCAGCAGUCACCGAGCUUCAUUGUGGAGAAGGGGAGUUCAGUCGGUCUGCAUUGCAAGCAAACCAACAAGCAUGAUUAUAUGUAUUGGUACCAGCAGCACCAGCAGAAGGGACCUCAGCUUCUCUUUUACUCUCCACUAGAAAGUUUCCCUGUGACCAAAGAAGCCAAAUCUGACAGAUUUACUGCUGAUCGACUGCGGAAAGAAGACUUUUUCUUAAACAUCUCCUCUGUUGAGACAGAGGAUUCAGAUACAUAUUUCUGUGCUAGCAGCUCACACAGCAGUAGCAAGUUUCUUUGUCUGUUGACUAGACGGGAGCGUCAGGGUGUUGUCCUGGAUCUGGUGCUGUUCAACGUCUUUAUAAAUGACUUGGAUGAUGGAACAGAGACUGUGCUAAUCACAUUUACAGAUGAUCCCAUACGAAGCUCAAAUGCUGAGGUCAAGCAACCAUGGAGUCUGGUGCUUCCUGAAGGUGAAUCUGCCAGCCUGAUUUGCAGUCAAAGCAAUGACCAUCUCCGAAUGCUCUGGUACCGGCAGGACAGAGGGCAGGGACUGCAACUCCUCUUCAACUUCUAUAACAAAGAAGAGCAGGAGAAGGGCACCGUUCCCGACCGGUUUACAGCUGAGCAACCCCAGGAGAAGCAGUGCAUCCUGAACAUUUCUUCUGCAGAGCCGGGAGAUUCAGUUGUGUUACACACAGCAUUUCAAAGUGGGACAUAA